UUCGCGAGCAGAAGGUGCCACACGCUGGGCCAUCGAUUCGACGCUCGUCUAAAAGGAUUGUAGCUGGUGAUCCCCGAAAGACGACAGACGCUCGAAGAAGAACUUACUCGAGGAACUACGCUCGUGAACAGUUCAAGGUGGGGCCGAUUCUUAGAAUCGGUCGGAUAUCGUUUCUCCGAUUCUGGAUACCACGGUGGUCAUCGAUUCCUCCAUUCGAUUUAAUCUAAGUGUCUCGGAGGAAAAAGAACGUAGAUCCGAGGAUAGGAUAGUCACAGUCCUGGGCUCCAGUCAUGCCGAAUUACUAUGCACGCGAGAAUUACGAUUAUGGGACAGCCGAUGGAACAUCGCAGGAGGGUCCUGGUAGAACGAUACAACAGGUGCCAGGUGCCAGGCCCAUAGUGGACCCACAAGCCCAAGGAGAGGUCGAUCCUACCUUGUAUCCUCAACCAAAGGAGGCGACGCACAAGAUUCGUGGCAAGAGCGACGUGAUCGAGUACCUGUUUGGUUCCGUAGAUCAGGAAUUGCUUACCGUGAAAACGUUCUACUUCUUCUUCUAUUCGGCCUUUGGUUCACUUUUUCCUCUGAUGGGAGUCUAUUUCAAGCAGAUGGGCAUGAACGCCGGCCAGUGCGGUCUCCUGAUGGGACUAAGACCCUUCAUCGAGUUCCUUAGCGCGCCUUUCUGGGGUUCGUUGGCUGACAGGUGGCAGAAGGGCAAGGUGAUUUUUUUAGCCUCUCUCUCUUGCUGGAUCAUCUUCACUCUUCCUCUGGCCUUCAUGCAACCACCGGCCACAUCGUGUUGGGUUAUACGAAACAACACGCCGUAUCUGGAACCGCCGAACCCUAAAUUAAGAAUAGUUAAACGGUCCGCCAAUCUUGACGAUUUUUAUCAUCAAAAUGACGAAGAAUGUUUAGAGAUAGCGGACAACGUCGUUUUCGAGAGGCUGCGUAAAAACAGGAAGACAAAUCUACUGGCCGCUCCCGAUUUACUAAUGAAUAAGGACAGGAUGAACAAUGUAUACGAAAUUUACGAUCCCAAUAACCAUAGAAUUCGAAGAGAAACGCAAGAAGGAACAAGUACUUCAACAGAGAUAGCGGACAACGUCGUUUUCGAGAUGCUGCGUAAAAGCAAGAAGAUAAAUCUACUGGCGGCUCUCAAUUUACUAAUGGAUAAGGACAAGACGAAGAAUGUAUACGAAUUUUACUAUCCCGAUAACCAUAGAAUUCGAAGAGAAACGCAAGAAGGUACAAGUACUUCAACAGAAGAGAGCCUCGUCGAAGAUUUGAAAUACAAACAGCUGGUGUUCGAAGAAAACGAUCCUGAAGCUAAGACUAUCGACUUUGAGACUCUGCAAAGAAAAAACCGUCCAGCUGAUGUGCUCGAAUACAAACGUUUCCUAAAUAACCAACCUUUGGACGAUGGAAGACCACCAAAGAAGGCGUAUACGCAUACCAAGACGAGAGUGAAACCACCACCAAUGAAGGUCAUGGUGAAAAGAGACGCCAAUGAUGAAAUUUCAGAGGAGGAGUUUCUAUCCAAGUUUCAAACGGUCACCGAGAAGUCUCCAAGUAAAGUAUCCUUGUUGGACGAAGAGGAAGAAGAAGAAGAAGCGAACGAAAAUGACGAAAAUAAUGAUGAAGAUGUCCAGAUGCCGUUGGUUAGAACCAAACGUUACGUCAACGUACCUCACUCCGGCAAGAGUCCUCAUAGUGUUUCCAAUGCUGCGAAUUACAACGAAGAGGAGAACAAAGGAUGGGUGAAACCUCUCUACAGUUCGAUUGUCUACAGAUUACCGGACAUCCAAAAAACCUUCUUCCUCCUGUUACUGUUGGUGAUAGUGGGUGAAUUCUUCUCGGCGCCUGCGAUCACUCUAGCUGACUCUGCCGUCAUAACUUUAUUAGGCGAAGACGCGGACAAGUACGGUCACCAGCGAAUGUUCGGUAGUUUAGGCUGGGGUCUUGCUAUGUUCUUCGUCGGUAUCGCUCUAGAUCAUAGCACUGCGUUCUCCGAGCAUCCAUGCGGUCCAGAUGCAAUGGAGAAGAAUUAUACGAUCUGCUUCGCGAUCUUCAGCGUCCUCAUGGGUGCCGCUCUGAUCACUGCCACGCAGAUCAACUUUAAGUACGACUUUCCGGUCACGGAACUGGAAGUGGAGAAGCCUCCUGCAGAACCAACAAGAGAGGAGCAGCUACAGAGUCAACUGUCUCAACAGUUGAAUCUGCCCAGUCUUCAGGACUCGUCUGCAGGGGUAAAUCUGAAUGUGAAACAACAACCGCCUGAAGGCAAGACGAAAAUGUUUGCUCAAACGACGCGAGAGAUCCCGGAAUGGGUGACCGUAUUGAAGCAAUUCAAAGACCUCAAGUGCGCAUCCUUCCUUUUCGUUGCGUGGUUCAUGGGAUUCGGUAUCGGGCUGAUUUUUACCUUCCUCUUUUGGCAUCUUCAGGACUACAAUGGCACACCGACUCUAUUUGGUGUAGCCUCUGUGAUCAAUCACAUUUCCGAGAUAUUUGCUUACUUCUUCAGCUUUAAACUGAUCCGUCAAAUCGGUCACGUGAAGGUGUUGUGCAUGGGACUGGGUGGAAACGUGUUUCGUUUCCUUUAUAUUUCUUAUCUGACGAUUCCAUGGUGGGUGCUGCCUUUCGAAUUCAUCCAGGGAAUAACCCAUGCGGCUGUGUGGGCCGCGUGUUGCAGCUACAUCUCUCAUAACACGCCUCCACAAUUGCGUACAAGCGCGCAGGGUGUUCUUCAAGGUAUCCAUCAUGGUCUUGGCAGGGGAUGCGGAGCUGUGAUCGGUGGCAUGUUCGUCGACGCUUACGGAACAACUGCGACAUUUCGAGCUUACGGUCUCAUCUGCAUCGUCGUUCUUGGCGCGUUCGUCUUCAUCAACUUUUACAGAAAGGAUACAGGCUUCGUUUCCGACCUGCCACAGACGGAGGAUCCUCGUCAAGUAGCCGAAGCGACACAUCUGGCACCGCACGGUGUACCUAGCAACGCCAUUCCUCGCGCUCUCAGCUCUACUCGACUGCACGAGUUGGCUAAUCAAGACACGGGUUAUGGUGCCACUUACCAAUCUGGCGAUACUCUCAACGUGCCAGGUGCGAAUGGAGGCCCAGUAAACCCGACGAAUCCAUUCCUGAACACUGGAGGCGGCGGCGGAGGUGGAUAUAAUUACGGUAUGACUGGCAAUGGCGAGGACGAGUAUAUCCGUAGGAGCUUCCAGCUUUACAAUGAGGUGAUUAGCAGGGAAUUCGACCUGGUUAAACCACCGCCGAUAGUGACCCAUCUACACGCUCAACAACCAUGCACCAACCCCUUCCAUCAGCACGACUACGAAUGGUAACAGUCCGGGACGUUCGAUCCCACUUGAGGUGAUUAGGAUGCUCAUGGAACGCUGGUCGAUAACCGGCAUGUUCUCUGGAGAACCGAAAACGAAGGACCAGCUUCGGAGUGCUAAGCAGAAGGAAUUUUUACACGGUUAAAAAAAUUCGAUGAAAGCCCCUUGGUGCCUCCUUGGAGCGACACCGUUCGUUAUACUCGCAUUAAAUGAUAGCGUCGAUGCAAACUAUUGUAACAAAUUAAUCACGGUAUAAAGAGCAAACGAACAGAGAGAAUUCUUUCCGAUGCUAACAAUUCGAUUAUCAAGCUUGGAGAAGCAUCGACAGGAUAAAGCGCAACA